AUGAUCGUGCACGACUUAUUUCCGGGUAAAACCGUGCGUAGAAAUGUGAUCAUUCAAAGCAGCUAUCCAGGACCGGUGAAACUGUUGCGUCUGCAAUUGGAAUCUGAUUCAACUGAUCCGCUAAGACACAGUUCAACUGGCUUUGUUCGUCUCUAUCGACAACAGGCAGCAAACCAACCCCCAGUGACCGAAUCGGAUUCGAGUCACAUGAUCCUGGAGCCACAACAACCCACCAUCGUGGCCACUGUACUAUUCGAUCCAGCCGGGGUGUGUGUGGAUGUCCUAUCCGGACCGGGUUUGAUCACAUCGAUGGGAACCCGUGAGCCCAUUUGUCAUACCGGAUUCAGCCUGGACUCUACACAAGGUCUGCAAUGGCUAACCAGUAUAACCGCGAAUGACACAACUCACGUGGAUGCAACUGAUCGAUUUCAUGCGGGACUGCUGCAGAGCGCCAUCACUUAUGCGCAACUACGCUCCGCGUGGAUGAGUCAAACUACCGGCACAUCAUCCAUUCACACGAAACAUUUACUCGAGACGUAUUUGAGUCUGAGCAUUGAUGAACAGCAUAAUGAACACCACCUGAAUCAUCCGUCCAUGGGAAAUGAGACAUCUGUUCAUUGGGCCGAUCUGUCAGCCUCGUUGAUCUGGCCCCGUCUAGUGUCCAGUCGAAAACACCCAGUCAAACGUUCUGUGGCCCAAUGCCAAAUACGGACCAGUACUUCAGCUGGUGGAACAGAGAUCAAAUCCAACCCCGAUGAGGCUACCCUGGAACAGGCAUUGCGUGCAUACUUCCCACCAACCAUUCCGGGCGAAUCUGUUCAAUGCGAUCUCAUCAUAAUAAAUCCAUCUGAUCGACCGGUGUUUGUUCAACCGAUCCUGUUGGAUUCGGUUUAUGCUAUGCGUUGUGACACCCUGUCGUGCAUCAAUCAAACGAAUCCGGGCGCCCACACCGAACCGCUUGUUUCGUUCUUGCAUGCUCUGGGCGUUCCAGCCUCCACGGAGCACGUAACCAAGCUCACGCAUCUGCUCACUGGGACGUUUCAAGUGGAAAUAAUUCACAGCAAUCCAAUCAUCGAUUUCUCGUACCAGCAAUUACCCUCACCGACCUGUUGUCCUAUCUUCUGGUUGCCGGCCAGUGUGGGCCAAUUGAUCCUGCGUCUUACCUUCAUCCCAGAUCUGUCCGCUUCACAAAGUCACUCCCGGCCUGAUGCUCCACCCACCCAACUGACCUCGCAUAAUCUGUUGUUCUUGCGAAAUAAUCUCACUGCUCUCGAACCAGUCUGGUUGAAUGCACGUUUGGGCAGAGCUGCCAUCAGUUUGGGCAUGGUCAGUACCGAUGAGAAUCAAACAGAAGAUCAUCCCGAACCGUCCGACACGACCGCCACCACUUCUACUCUUACGCACGAAAACAAGAGCAAAUCGGCCAUUCUGGGCACGAGUGGCAGUAAUAGUGGUACUACCGCUGGGACGAAACCCACACACACAGGCGCUAUCGGUUCGAUCAAUCUAUUCAUGAGUGGGGAAUGGCAUGUCGCAUUGUCGUCAUCCAGUCACAUAUCGAUUGUGGAUACGAACAGUUCGGAUCCGAGACCACUGGGAUCCUGGGCAACAUCAUUGAUUCCGCCAACUUCGCUGGCAUCAGUGGUUCGAUUGGAAUUUGAUUUCAGUGAACGGGCAUUCUGGCCGUUUUGUACUGAUAAUACUGACCUUCAAUUGGCCUAUUCAUUCCCAAAUCAUGUUCACUCUGAUUUGCUUGAAACCAAAAAACACACGUCCGGUAGUGAGCGACGUGUGGUGCAUACGAUAACUCACCCGGGUGAAUUUCUGGCCUCUUUGUCUUUAAGACGUCGUCUAGUCCUAGUCAAUUCAGGUGAUGUACCAAUCGAGCUACGCGCGAUUAUUUUGGUUUCCGGAUCGAAAACUUCCGACACGAAAAUCGACGAUGCUUCCUGGUCACCUUGGUCGCACAAGGGGUCUGGAUUCACUUGUUCGUACCGGGGUUUUCAAGUUCAUCCUUGUUUAAUGUAUAGCGCGCAAGCACCACACGAGGCAUCCCCUAACGGGACAGACGGGACACAAUUCAGCAAUCACAGUGUGCUCCUUGCACCCGGUGAGCAAUUCCUACUCGAGAUUCGCUAUCGUCCAGAUUUUGUGUAUAGUGGGACAGCAGCGCGUUUGUGGCUCCUGGCUCAUCCACAUCAUUCCGGCCCAUGGAAUCCGCGAAUCGACCAAUUACUGACCGAAUGUAUGGUUCACUCCUCGAAUUCGGCCCAUUGCGCGGAGCUAAUCGAGUCCUAUCGAUUCGCCGAUGUCCAGUUGAAUGCGGUCUUUCCGCCCGGGUUUCUUCGCCUCUGUCUGAACGCGUUGCCGCGACCAUGGAUCGAAUACAUUCUGUGGGUAGUUGUCGUGUGCUUAUUCACCAUCAAUCUUCUUGGUGUUAUGCUGAUGGGUUGUCUGGAUGCGAGUCGGCUGUACGCAGCACACGAACGCGUCCGAGUCCGCCUGAAUCGUAUCCCAUUCAACGCCCAUCCAGAUCCGGCCCGGGUGCUUCGAUUUGACUCACUCGUCGCUGACCCGUUCGCCUCGGCUGCAGACAGUUCUGGACCUCAAGGGACUGGUGAUAAAUCGGGACUCAAGGAGAAAGGAUCUGUGACCCAGACGGAUCACUCGAGUCAGUCGAAAAAGGAUGAUGUUGCAUCUGGAACGACUAUAAUCGAUCCUGCAAACCCCUCACAGAGUCCCGUGGACCUUACAACCAACACGGUCCAUACUACACCGAAAACGAAACAGCCUACUUGUCCGACCAGUGCACAGAACGAGAUCCAGAUAGCAGCCGGCCCUGUCGUCGCGGGGUCGGGGAAGGGAAAUCCAGAAAAAUCGGUAAAUGGUACCGGAACAGACUCGGGUGCCAAAUGCCCGGUGGUGUAUUCGGUCUCAGAUGAUGAACCGUGGAUUAUGAGUCGAAGUUCAUUCAAGUUACUAUCCAAAUCACCUGUUGUGAGCACCACGACAUCGCUGCUGAAACCGGCGUUAGAUGAUCGCAAGCCAUCUAAAUCCGUUCGAAAAGCGGAUUUUCCCAAGAUAACCUUGCCAGACACGGUCGGCACGACGCCUGAUCGACCCACAGGUCGUGUAAAAAAGAAAUCAGUCCAACUUGCCCGUGAUUCUGAUGAUCGAGACUCUCCGUCUCCGUCAGAGCGGACUCGAACAACGGUCGUGUCUUUGUCGGUCGAAGACGAUCAGGAUCCAGUCUGUGCCACUAAGUUGUCUCCAAUGCGUCGCUCCACACGAAAGUUGGCCAAUUCUACGAACCCAAACUCAGGCUCCCGGUCCAAGGUUAGUGAUGCACCCAAAACGGAGGCAGGCAUCGCUGCGGCUGUUCGAGCCACAAUGCGCUUAGCCGAGGAGGCUGGUUUGCAAGCACGGCGAAAAGUCUCUAACCAAACAACGGAUCAGUUCCGUAAUACACGGGACAAACGCGAUCUGCCGUCCGGUCAUUCGUCAACCUCGUCCUCUUCCGGCCCGGAUCAGGAUCCUGUGCACACGAAAAACAAAUCGAGUCGAUCAAGCACAACCGCAUCAUCAAAUAUUUCACGUGACAAGCCUAGUCCUUUGCAGCAUGGCGGUCAUUCAGCCAAUCAGCAAGCUCAACAACAACAACAACAACUACAACAACAACAGCCAUGCCAUCAACAACCCCAAGGUCACACACGUGUGCAUCGUGCGUCACCGACGGUACAUGCUUCAAAGCGGUCAGUGCGACACUUCACUGGGCAAUCGCAUGGGCCAAUACUGGAGCAUCAGCUCACCUACGGAUACAACCGAUCGGAUCAUGAAAAUAAUUACAAUACUUCACGUCAGUAUCCGUUGUUCAGGUCAAGAGCCCAUUCCGACUAUCAGCCUGGAGCUCCUUAUCCGGUUUGUGGAACCGCGUUGGAUCUGGAUUUACCCGGAGAAGUUCCUCCCGAACUAUUCGGACCUCAUUUGGGUCUAUGUUGGCCUGCAUCCCCGAUGGAGUUCGAACGUGCUCAAUCAUAUCCAGAUCAAUUGAUGGUCUGUGGUGGUCUGUGGCCUGGUGCUGGGCCACCACCACCGCCGGGUCCUCCAGGUCCACAUUGGGAUGAUGCGGUGGUAGAAGUGUCGACCACCUCCGAUAUUUGGGAUCCUAUACCACUUGGUUCAAAUCAUUCCCAUCUGCUGAAUGCGCAAGACGCCAUGGAACAAAUCGCCGCGGAUUCCCGUGCUUUCGCCGAGUCUCUGCUUCAUUUGUCGCCCAAACGAACACGUCGGACCCCGUCCAACACAGAUCAAGUUAGCCAGACCAAUCGUCAAGCCCAGUCUGCUUCAAACAGACCGGAUCGGGGAAGGUCGCGCCCCACUGAAUUGCCCUCUACUGGACGAGAUUUUGUGGCUGCACAGAGUCCGUCAGAUUCUGACCGGACACCAUGUUGGGAUUCCGCGUUUCCUCCGGUCGAGACGUUCUUACGAACCACCUCUUUACUCGGCCCGUCUCCUGUCGGAUCCCUUGACCGAGAGCCACUUUUCGAUCGUUCGAUUUCCAGUCCGAUACCCACUGAUUCUGGUCAACUGCCUGGCUCGGGCGAUAAUGCCUGUUCGAUCAUGGAGUCGGAUCGCACACCCCAACUGCUUGUCCCUUUAAUGCGUGAGAUUCUCCUCUCUCCAACACCGGAGCACUCGUCUGCGAAUCAGUUGUCUCGAUGGGAUGCCAUCCUCGCCACGAACCAGUCACUCACCUCACCGACAGUAACAACGAAACCGACUGAGUCGAUAACUGCGCCGGGCUCUUCGUUUUCGCACUAUUUUUAUGAACUUCCCCAGAUCACCAUGGCACGACGCCAAUGUAUGCUGGCGCACGAAGGACGUCAAGACGAAACACGGUAUUUAGACCCAGUCACCCCACCUACCGACAUCGACACAACUGGGGCCAAGACAACGGCGCUGACAGCCUCAUCGGAUCACAGCCCAACGGCUGCCGUUUGGACGGAUACUUCUCUCAUGGACAACCGCAAAGAUGAUACGUCUUCUCGGUCAGUCCAACCACGUGUGGUCAAACGCACCCGGUCCGAGUCAUCUCGUGUCAAGCUGGUGAUUUAUGUAAUUGCCAUUCUCUUCACAAAUGAAGUGAUGAUACCCGACCGCAUGCGCAUCAAUCAUAUCACAAAUUUAUGA